AUCUUAUCCCAACUUUAAAUUCCAAAGAAGCUAACCUCGUAAGCAUCAACAGACCCAGAGUGUGGGCUGUCGAAAUUCUAGUCUUCUAGAUACCGAAAACAACAGGUAGGUACGAAGAAAGAGAAAGAACCCCACAAAAUCUAUAUUACUCUACAUUAACAACUGACAGAGAAGGUGAAACUAUAAGCCAGGUUAUGAUGUUUGGUGGAGGCAAAGGCAUGGGAGGUGGUGCCAACAUGUUGAGAACAGUUGGGAGAGCAGUUGUCAGGGCUGGUGUUACCACUGGUAACCCUACAACUUUCCAAGAACCACUUUCUUCUGCUUCUUCGAACUCAACUACAACUCCUCCUUCUCCAACCUCUGCUUCCCAGAGGCAUAAUAAUAGUAAUAGUAACACUUAUCUUUCUAUUUCUUCUGGGAGUUCUGCUUUUGGUUCUUGUAAUACUGGUGUGCCUAUCAGUGCCAAUUCCGGGUUGCCAAGUAACUGGCCUCCCUUUGCUGCCUCACCUGCUUCCGCUGCUGCUUCUUGUUGUGAUGAGUUUGAGUGGGUGUCUGUGGAUGGGAGUGAAGGGGAAAGGCCACAUGGAGUUCUUGAUGAUUUUGUUUUAGGACCUGUUCCAUCUGUUGGUGAAGUCCAGAACGUUGUCUCUGCUCUUCAGAGGGUUUUCGAUGCAAGCUCAUCUCCCCAGCUUAUCAGGGAUAAAUUCUCUUAUAAUGCUGGCAAGGAAAUAGCUUAUCAAAUUCCAAGCCCAACUGGCUCCAUGCACCGAGUUCAUUCUGCUGGGUCUGAGUUAGAAUGGAAGGAGCCUUCUCUGCAUCUCUAUAACACAGGAGCAUUGCAACCUUAUGGUACAAACAGAGUUUAUGAUGCUUUCCAUUUAUUGCAGACGGAGCCAUUGGUUCAGAAAAUGGUCUUUUCAUUGUCUUCGGAUAAAGCUGUUUGGGAUGCUGUUUUGAACAAUGAGGUGGUGAAGGAGCUGAGAGAUUCAUACUAUGCAGCCGAGGACAGUAAUCCACUGAGUUCUGAUGAGAGUUCAGAUGAGAAUUCCGAUGAAUCCAACAAGGCAACGAAUAUUGUGAAGUGGAUUUUUGAAAACACUAAAGCAAAGGUCAUAGAUGUGUAUGAGAAAAUGAUAAAGCUUGUGAAUGAGUUAUUUAAGCUGCGUACUGAUGAUAAGACAACAGCAGGAACCCCAGAUCCAUUUGAGGAAAGGCUGAGAACCUCAUUCUUGUUAUCUGUUCUGGUCCUGUUGAUUGUGGUUGUGACUAGAGCCAACUGAUUGAAUGUAGUUUGACGACUUGACUUGACGGGUUGUAUCUUCCAAUUUGGUUCAUUUAGCUUAAGAUGCUGUAAGAUAAUCAAUGUUGGGAUAUCUUUUAAGUUUCAUGUUAUGCAUGCAAAAGAAGAAAGGAAUUUUAGAUUAUAAUUGUCAAGAUGUUUGUGUUCAUCAUGAACUUGCAUUCUAGUUAGCUGCUGUUAUGAAUGUGUGAAAAAAUGACACUAUUUCUGUUAAUUACAAACAAGAAUUGACUCUA